UGAAAAUUUUUCGAUUGCCCGUUAGUUUUGAUUUUGAUAUGACGUAUAAUGCGUUGAUUAAGGUCAAUGAAAAUAAUGAAAUCAAUAAUGUGUUUUGUUGGUUGUCUAUACAAGACGUAGCAGGAAUAUUUUCUUCCUGCUGAGCUUACAAGCUCAAUGAAGCUCCCAAAACUUCCAGUAUUACUCGCACCGUGUUGUUGACUACCACGGUCUGAUCUCAUUUAAACGAAAGACGUCUUGUCUUAGUAGUCCUCACCGUACUCUCAGUACUCUGCCAUAAAGUUUUUACAUUUCACUGAACAUCGUUUAGAUAUUUUGCCCCUAUAUAAAAAUCUAAAGAAUAACGAUUGAUUAAAAAAACAUCGGUUAAUACUUCAAGUCCGUCGUGUGAACAUUGUUUCUUUGAAUAGUCUUUGUUGUAGUUUUUCAUUGUUAGCGAUGGCCACAGAAAAAUCAGAACUUCAAGUCCUGGAAGGCAAUAGAGACUUUACGACCUCCCUGUACAAAGUUUUAGCCGAAACACCAGGAAAUGUCUUCUUUUCCCCUAUUAGCGUGCACGUUGUUCUUUCCAUGUGCUAUCAAGGUGCCAAAGGUACAACUGCUGAAAAGUUUGCGUCCUCACUGAAAGUGCCUACCUCUGCAGCUGCUGCAGAAGGUUACAGCGUUGUGAUGAACCGUCUUAAUUCCAUUCCAAAUGUUCUGCUUUUGAUGGCUAAUAAAAUCUAUCUUAUGGAGGGCCAUGAACUCUUGCCAGAAUUCAGCGACGCUGUGGCUAAGAAUUUUCUAUCUGAAGUGCAAUUAGUUAAUUUUGCUGCAAUUGAAGCAGCUGCUGCAUGUAUUAAUGCUUGGGUUGAAGAAAAAACAAAAUACAAAAUAAAGAAUUUUAUCAAAACGGAGGUUUUAGAUUCAUCGACGCGUUUAGUACUUGUAAAUGCCAUCUACUUCAUGGGUAGUUGGAUGAAUCCAUUUGACAAGGACUGCACUAAAACUGCUCCGUUUUACCUCAAUAUGGUAAAAUCAGUAAAUGUUCCAAUGAUGAAUAAAUACGGGGAGUUCAAUUAUAAAGCAGAUAAAAAGUUGGAUGCUCAAAUUUUAGAACUUGCUUAUACUAACGACAAUCUAAGCAUGAUGAUUAUCUUACCAAACAAGAGAAAUGGAAUUGAUAAACUGGAAAAAAAGCUGGCCACUUGUAACUUCAGCGAGAUAACAGAAAAUAUGUGUAACACAGGGGUUAUCAUACAACUACCUAAAUUCAAAAUUGAGCAAACCAUCUUUUUAAAUAAUCCCUUAACUAAGCUUGGACUUGGUGAAAUUUUUAAGCCGUGUGGCGCGAAUUUUAGUGGCAUGAUUGUGUCAAAUAAGCAAAUACAUGUGAGUCAAGUUAUACAGAAAGCUUUCAUUGAAGUAAAUGAAGAAGGGACUGAAGCAUCAGCUGUCGUUGAAGCGAGACUCAUGAAGUUUUGCAACAGUCUUCAACGUCCUCCUCCUCCAAAGAAGUUUAUAGCAGAUCACCCGUUUAUUUAUUUUCUCUCUGAGAAAAGAAUAAAUCAUCUUUUUGCUGGACGUCUUUCCGAUCCUACAAAUUAA